AUGAAACUCAAGCGGAUCUCCAAUCUCGGCCCGUUUGCCGCGCUAUUCUAUGCCUCUGCCGGCGCAACCGAGACGUCAAAGCGCGGGCUGGCCUACUCGGGCGACGACAUAGAGUCCGACAUGAACCUGCUCACCUCGGACAAGUCCCCCAUCUCGUGGUACUACACCUGGAGCCUGAACCAGGCGCCCGGCGUCAACGCCACGGCAGAGUUUCUCCCUCUUCUGCCCACCACCGACGAAGCGUCGAAUUCCGACCUGGACUCGAUCCUCGGCGCCCUGCCGGCCUCGUCGACACACCUCCUUACUUUUAAUGAGCCCGAUGGUACUACCGACUCGGGCGGCAGCUCGCUCGAGCCCGAGGAUGCCGCUCGUGCGUAUAUUGACUACAUUACGCCGCUGCGGACUUCAGAUUCCCGGACCUGGAAUAUCAGCCACCCGUCGGUAACGGGAUCGUCGCGCGGCCUCGAGUGGCUGCGGAAUUUCAACGAGUCAUGCUACGAUAUAGACCCCGAGUCGGGCUGUCCCUAUGACUUUGUUUCGGUGCAUUGGUACGGCGACUUUGCGGGCCUGGCGUCGUGGCUGGGCACGCUGCGCGAGUUUUACGUGACCAACUCAUCGGGCGCCGACGAGGACCUGGCCUUCUGGGUCACCGAGGUCGCGCUGCCGCAAGAGGACGAGGACGCCACCGUCUCCAUGCUCAACCAGAGUAUGGUAUACCUCGACGGCCUAGACUGGGUCUCGGGCUACGCGUGGUUUGGCGCGUUCCGAACUGACGACGCCAAUGACUGGACCGGCAGCUCGGUCGCCAUGUUUGAUGAUGAUGGCGGUCUUACCGAGGUCGGGUCGCUGUACAUGGGCGGAGAGGAGAAUGGGUUUGCCGAGGGCACAAAGGGAGAAGGAGACUCCUCGGCCGCCGCGUGUGCUUUUGUGCCCAGUUGGAUAUUGGCCGUUGCUGGCGCGACAGCCAUGGCUUUGAUGUUAUAG